CAACUAAAAUCUGAGGCUCGAGAAGAGUCGAAAUGUCGUCGUUUUUGAAGUCACUCCUCGAUCCCAAGAAGAACCCUUUGGCAGCCAUGCACAUGAACUCUGUUUCCAAACGCCUCCGUAGAUACGGCCUUCGCUACGAUGAUCUCUACGAUCCUUUAUACGAUCUGGAUGUCAAGGAGGCGUUGAACCGGCUGCCCCGUGAGAUCGUCGAUGCCCGUAACCAACGCCUUAAGCGUGCGUUGGACCUCUCCCUCAAGCACGAGUAUCUCCCCGAAGAUCUUCAGAAAAUGCAGACACCAUUUAGGAGCUAUCUUCAAGAUAUGCUUGCUCUUGUGAAGAAGGAGAGAGCAGAGCGUGAAGCAUUGGGAGCUUUGCCUCUGUAUGAGCGAACCAUUCCUUGAGGUUCUUAAAGCUCUUUCUCUCUUGUUGAUAUUUGCCUUGAAAUGAUUUGCAUGUUGUAUCAUAUACUGCUUAGCUUAGCUUAAGUGGACAUGAAUUUUGC